UGAGAGCACACCCUGUGAAUAUAAGGAUUGUUGCUAAGAACUGUAGUCAUUAUUCUGCUGGAACAAAGACAGGACAAGACAGCCGUAAUGAAGAAGAUGGCACUAGCUUUUGUCUGCUUAUUGGUCCUACUACCAUAUGGAAAUACUCAGUCUUCUUCUAGUAGCCCAUCACCAACUGUUACUCCAACAGAUGAUACUAAUGAUUUAUUUAAUCAAUUGAAGUACAUCUACAUCAUAGCUGGUGUCAUAUUAUUUCUGAUAGUGAUUGUGAUUGUUCUGCUAGCUGCUGUUUGCAUUAUUUGGCAUAGAAGACCAUCAAAUAACAGUGAGCCUGAGAGAACAAAAAGACAAUCAGCUGAAACAGGAAGGCAACAAUCUACAGAAGCUCAAGUUCCCAACAGCAUAACUCUAUCACCUUCUCCAAAAAAGAAAACAAAUAAUGCAAAAGUGAGAGCUCAUGGAGACAAGAAGCCAACAGAGUCUGUUAUGUCAGACUUUCCCUUGCUAUGUCGUGUACUUGAAGACUACCAGUCACCACAUCAUCAUCUACAACAGACAAGCCCUAACGAGUCGUUUUCUUCAAAUUACCGAAUCAGGGUUUCAAGUGAAGUUUCCAGCGAUAUUGAUGCUUCUAUUCGUACGACCACGAGUUAUGUAUCUGAAUCAGCAGAUUAUGACGAGUUGGAUAAUGUUGUUAACGCGAUGAAAGCUGAAGGUUCUUCACCUCCCAAAUCUCCAUUAAAAAGUGCGUCAAAGUUAUCAAAGUCUAUACCUUUAUCGUCAACAAAGCCAUUGGGAAGCGUGGAAGAAGAGCCACAAGAAUUAGUAGAUGCAUACGGAUACCAUCAGAUAACAAUUAAAAAGGAGCAGGAGAAUGUAUUGACUAAAUCACAGUCAACAAUUGACAUGUUUGAUGAUCCCAAAUAUGAGCAGCUACCUCAAACAAUGAGCAUUGAUAGUCAUUCACUCAAUGGAAACCUUCAAACAGCUAGCUCAACACCACAAUUACACAUCCUCACAGAUCAUAACACACAAUCAAUGCCUUUGUCAGAGACUUCAUUUGACAAGAAAGAUUCAAAGCAAUACAUGAGUCUGGAUCAAGUAUUACAGCUUGUGGAAACAAGGCUCAGGUCUUCUAGUCGCGAGGUUUCAGUAGAAAUGGAUCAGAUAGAAGAGAGCGAGGGGUUGUAUUGCCCAAGAGUCCUUCGGCCUGUCAUCAAUGAAAAUAAAAACUGAGAUAAAAAACAGUUAAUGUUGUUGUAAUUAAAGUUUAUUUUCAUUUUCGUUUUAUAAUUAUUACAGUUAUAUUAAUAGUUGCUAGGUUAUAUUUGUUGACAGUGUUUACUAUGCUUCAGUGAUGUUUUUAAAAUGUUUGGUCAUUCCUAAUGCAA